GGGCGGGGCAUCUCUGUGACGCUGGGGGCUGGGCCUAAAUGGCGAAACCCGAGAGGCUCCGGGGGGGGUUUGAACUGGCCAAUGGGCGAGCUGCCGACCGGUUGUCGGAAAAGGAGGCGGAAGCGGGGAGGAGCCGCCGCGGGAGCCGGACUGCAUCCGCCGCGGCGUCUCCAUGGCACGACCCUGGCCUCCGACUUCAACGACUUCAUAAGGAGACGGUUCUGGGCGCAGCCGUGCCGCUCUUGGUUUCCAUCGUGUGGGAAGAACGGAGUAACGAGUCUCACACAGAAAAAAGUCUUGAGAACACCUUGUGGCGCACCCAGUGUAACUGUGACGAUCGAUCUUUUUUGUGUUGCCCUCCCCUGCCUGCCAGAAGUGAACCAUGAAGGACCGAUCUUCAACUCCCCCCUUACAUGUUCACGUGGAUGAGAACACUCCUGUCCACGUCCACAUAAAAAAACUCCCGAAACCAUCAGCAGCCAGCAGCCAGAAAUCUCAUAAGCGCGGAAUGAAAGGGGACACCGUGAAUGUACGGCGGAGUGUCCGGGUGAAAACCAAGGUACCUUGGAUGCCCCCUGGAAAAUCAUCUGCCCGGCAUGUGGGAUGCAAGUGGGAGAAUCCACCUCAUUGCCUGGAGAUCACACCACCAUCUUCAGAAAAGCUGGUCUCGGUGAUGCGAUUAAGUGACCUUUCUACAGAAGACGACGAUUCAGGUCACUGUAAAAUGAACCGUUACGAUAAGAAGAUUGACAGUCUAAUGAACGCGGUCGGUUGUCUCAAAUCUGAGGUCAAGAUGCAGAAAGGUGAACGCCAAAUGGCCAAAAGGUUCCUGGAGGAGAGGAAGGAAGAACUGGAGGAGGUAGCACACGAGCUUGCAGAGACGGAGCAUGAGAACACGGUGCUCAGACACAACAUCGAGCGCAUCAAGGAGGAGAAGGACUUCACCAUGCUUCAAAAGAAACACCUCCAGCAGGAGAAGGAAUGCCUCAUGUCCAAACUGGUGGAGGCUGAAAUGGAUGGAGCAGCUGCAGCCAAGCAAGUCAUGGCCUUGAAGGAUACCAUCGGAAAGCUGAAAACCGAGAAACAGAUGACUUGCACCGACAUCAACACCUUAACGAGGCAGAAGGAACUUCUCCUGCAGAAGCUGAGUACCUUUGAGGAGACCAACCGUACCCUCCGAGAUCUGUUGAGGGAACAGCACUGCAAAGAGGAUUCCGAGAGACUAAUGGAGCAACAAGGUGCAUUACUGAAGCGUCUGGCAGAGGCAGACUCAGAGAAAGCGCGCCUGCUGUUACUACUGCAAGACAAGGACAAGGAGGUGGAAGAGCUCCUCCAGGAGAUACAAUGUGAGAAGGCUCAAGCAAAGACGGCGUCUGAGCUUUCCAAGUCCAUGGAGUCCAUGCGGGGGCAUUUGCAGGCACAGCUUCGCUGCAAAGAGGCUGAGAACAGUCGCCUGUGCAUGCAGAUCAAGAAUUUAGAGCGCAGUGGGAACCAGCACAAGGCAGAAGUAGAGGCCAUCAUGGAGCAGCUAAAGGAACUGAAGCAGAAGGGAGACCGAGACAAAGAGACCCUGAAGAAGGCCAUCCGAGCCCAGAAGGAGCGAGCCGAAAAGAGUGAGGAGUAUGCUGAGCAGCUACAUGUGCAACUAGCCGACAAGGACCUUUAUGUCGCUGAAGCUUUAUCUACUCUGGAGUCAUGGAGGAGCCGGUACAACCAGGUUGUGAAGGAUAAAGGAGACCUGGAGUUGGAGAUUAUCGUCCUGAAUGACCGGGUGACAGAUCUUGUAAACCAACAACAGAGCUUGGAGGAGAAGAUGCGGGAAGACCGGGACAGCUUGGUAGAGAGACUGCACCGGCAGACUGCUGAGUACUCUGCAUUCAAGCUGGAGAACGAGAGGCUCAAGGCUAGCUUUGCCCCUAUGGAGGACAAGCUCAACCAGGCUCACUUGGAGGUCCAGCAGCUGAAGGCGUCAGUGAAGAACUAUGAGGGGAUGAUUGACAACUACAAGAGCCAGGUGAUGAAAACACGACUGGAGGCUGAUGAAGUGGCUGCGCAGCUGGAGCGCUGCGACAAGGAGAACAAGAUGCUUAAAGAUGAGAUGAACAAAGAGAUCGAGGCGGCCCGUCGGCAGUUCCAGUCACAGCUGGCUGACCUACAACAGCUGCCUGACAUCCUCAAGAUCACGGAGGCCAAGCUGGCUGAGUGCCAAGACCAGCUGCAGGGCUACGAGAGGAAGAACAUCGACCUCACAGCCAUCAUUUCAGACCUGCGCAGCCGGAUCGAACAUCAGGGGGACAAGCUGGAGAUGGCGAGAGAGAAACAUCAGGCUUCCCAGAAGGAAAAUAAACAACUGAGUCAGAAGGUGGAUGAACUGGAGAGGAAACUGGAGGCCACCAGCGCCCAGAAUGUGGAGUUCCUACAGGUGAUUGCCAAGAGGGAGGAGGCAAUCCACCAGGCUCAGCUGCGGCUGGAAGAGAAAACGAGAGAGUGUGGGUCCUUGGCGAGGCAGUUGGAGAGUGCCAUUGAAGAUGCCAGGCGACAGGUGGAGCAAACCAAGGAACAGGCGCUCUCCAAGGAACGAGCAGCCCAGAGCAAAAUCCUUGACCUUGAGACUCAGCUGAGCAGGACUAAGACAGAACUUGGCCAGCUGAGGCGGACUCGUGAUGAUGCGGAUCGUAGAUACCAGAGCCGACUGCAGGAUCUGAAAGACCGCCUGGAGCAGUCUGAGAGCACUAACCGCAGCAUGCAGAAUUAUGUCCAGUUCCUCAAAUCCUCUUAUGCAAAUGUAUUUGGGGAUGGUCCCUACACCUCUUCCUACCUGACAAGCUCACCCAUCCGCUCCCGGUCUCCCCCUGCCUGAGGCUACCUGUCCAGGGUGUAAGCUCCUUGCCUGAUGCCAGACAACUAUGGGAGUUACCAAACCAUAGCUGGCAAGCCCACUGGUUUUCAAAUGUGCUCAGGGUCUGUUCCUCAACUAAUGCCAGGAAAGGCCCUAGAACAGCCAGGGAUGAAUCGGGAAGAAUCUGGUUCUCUUUCCUGAUUUGAGAACCUGGUGGAAUUCUAUAAUGAUAUCCACAGCCUUAUAUUUGCCAUGUUAGGUACCAGAUUUUUAAAUCCAUGUGACUAUACAGAGUCUGCUUCCUCUCCUCAGGGAAUGCUUGGAUGGACUGUUUGUGCAGACUCCUUCCAGCCCUCCUCUUUCGAGGCAUCUCUGUCUUGGGUUUCUUUGAAUUGCAAUUGCAGGAGUCCUUCUCUGACUGAAUGCCUACAUUGCUUUUUCUUUCCUUUUUAUUUAUUUUUUAUUUUAUUUUUAAAUAAAAAUAGAAUUUUAUUUGUAUUGAGAAAUAGUGAAAACAGGUAAAUUGAUAACAGAGUGAGUCUGCUUUUAUCAGUAUAAAAAUAUAAUGGAGGCUCAUGAAGGUAAAAUGUUCAUAGCUCCCCUGCUCCCAUGGAAUCUGUAGCUACAAAUGUCAUGGAAAGAAAUACAUUCUUUGAGUCCCUUGUUACAUAGCAACUGGCAUAAGUUAUAGCAGGUGUAUUCACAGUGAAUUGUUCAAACACAGGUCUAACAGUGGCAGGUGUGCUUGUAACCAUGUGUUCUGCUUUCACAGUUCUGGUAACAGCCUCUUAUUGCAAGAAAAAUACACAACAGUGUCAUCCUUGUGUGGGGCCAUGGUGAUCUGUACUGAUUGAGCUCUAGUGGAUGUGCUGCUGGAGGGAUGUCUGCUUUUCUCUUGGUGGGUAGGGAAGAAUGAGGUGUUUUCCAUGGUGUCAGUGAAAACCUCCCAUAUCUGAGUUUCCUGCAGGCCACUGGUCCUCAAGCGCUUCACAGACAAGGCCAUCUGGCCUGACAAUCAGAAUUUCUAUCUCAUUGCUUUUCAUUUCUCUUUUUAUCUCUGGAUUCAUUUAUUUUUGAAAAUUGUGUGUGGUUUUACAGGAAAUAAAGUUUUUAUAACAGUU